CAAUUGACUGCCAACAUAACAAAAUAAAUUUUGUGAUUAUUAUAAGUGUAAUUUAUAUGAAAAUUUCUUUUUUUUAGUAUUAUUUAAUACAAACUAAUAAAUAUGGGAGACCAAUUUGACUGUGCACUAGAUUUGAUGAGGCGUUUACCACCUCAACAAAUCGAAAAAAAUUUAAGUGAUUUAAUAGAUUUAGUGCCAAGUUUAUGUGAAGAUUUAUUAUCAUCAGUAGAUCAACCUUUAAAAAUUGCAAAAGACAAAGAAACUGGGAAAGAUUAUUUAUUGUGCGAUUAUAAUAGAGACGGAGAUUCUUACAGAUCUCCUUGGUCCAAUACGUAUAAUCCACCAUUAGAAGAUGGUUCAAUGCCGUCAGAACGUUUGAGAAAAUUAGAAAUAAACGCCAACAGGGCCUUUGAUCAAUACAGGGAAAUGUAUUUCGAAGGAGGUGUAUCAUCUGUGUAUUUUUGGGACUUAGAUCACGGAUUUGCUGGUGUUAUUCUCAUUAAAAAGACCGGGGACGGUAGUAAAAAGAUUAAAGGUUGUUGGGAUUCUUUACACGUGGUCGAAGUACAAGAAAAAGGCUCCGGAAGGAACUCUCAUUACAAAAUGACCUCGACUGCUAUGUUAUGGCUUCAAACCAAUAAACAAGGUUCUGGUACCAUGAAUUUAGGGGGCAGUCUAACACGACAGAUCGAACAGGAUGCGGCGGUGAACGAGAUCAAUCCUCACAUCGCCAAUAUCGGGAGGAUGGUUGAAGAUAUGGAAAACAAGAUCCGUAAUACUUUAAAUGAAAUUUAUUUCAGUAAAACCAAGGAUAUUGUCAAUAGUUUACGAUCGGUACAGCCUUUGACUGAGAGUCGUCAACAACAGGCGCUUAAACAAGAUUUAGCAGCGGCGCUUCAACGUCGACAAAACAAAAAUGAAAACUGAUUGAUAUGUGUCGCUGAGAAUUGUUUAAGUAAUGGCGUAACCGAAUUAAAAUAUGAUACCAGGCGGGGUGAUUGAAAAAACAAUAGAUUUUAUUUGAUACCCUGUAUAUACAUUUUUUUCUCGGCAGUACUUAUAUUAAUAUUUAUUUAUUUGUUCCAAAAGAUGGCAUCUGUAAAUUCUUUUAGUGUCUUUUUGGCUUGUGAAUCUUGUUUUAAGCGAUUUUUUGACCUAAUUAUACAGUGAAACAAUAAUCGGUUGUACUAGUAAAAAAAGCAGCUUUAGAAGCUGAUUAAGUGCUGUGGGGCUCCUAUAUUGGCAUUGUGUGAUCUUGAUUCAUGUUUCAGAUCAAUUCCGAAAUUUUUUUAGUGUCUUUUUUGGCUUUCAAGUCUUAUUUUUGCAGUUUUAGAAGCUAAUAAAGGGUGAUACCUAUUAGCAUCUUAAAUUAUGUUUCGGAUGAUUUAAUAAUUUGUUUUGGAUUAUUUUUGGCUUUGAAGUGUUUCGAAGUGGUUUCUUUAAGAAUUUCCUGAUCUGGAUCUAUAAUUGCUAAAAUGGAGAUAACUAUCAUAUCUGCAUCUUUUAUUAAAAUAUAUGCUAAAAAAUAUUUGCUUGUCUUUUGGAAUAAAUGGAGUGAUUUUUUUUAAAUAAUUGCCAAAAAAAGGAAAAAAUGUGUUGCUUAAUAAUUAUCGGCUUUCUUGCGAAUUUUUAUCCAAACUUUGAAAACUGCAACAUUUUGUUGAAAAUCUUAUUUAAUUACAUUUAUUUAUAUAUUUAAUUAUAACGUAAUUUUUUUCACUUGAGUAGAGUAUUUUUAUGGAGCUCAAUGUUUUCCUAUUGUUAUAGUGUAAAUUUCUAUUAAAAAAAUACAUUUUUAUAUUAAAUUGUCUAUUUACAUGUCCUUUACUAUUCAGUCUUUUUUUUAUUCCUUGGUAUUCAGUAACCAAAUAACACUUGGUAUUAUCAUUCUAAUAAAUAAAAUCUUAACCUACCAAGAAUUACAAAUAUCAGUAGAUAAUAUGUCUCAUAUAAAAGGAGAAUCAUAAAUUCGAAAAGAAGAUUGAUGUUUCAAUAUUAACUUUUAAAUCAUUAACUUACUAAUAAAUUCACAGAUAAUUUCAAAUGCAGAAUAAUUGCUAUUUUAUCUCUAAUUAAUAAUAGAAAGUGAAAUUAGUAUGUAAUUUCAAGUGUCAUCGGAGCAAUGUGCAGUACAACAAAUGUGACACAUAAAUUACUUGGUAAAACUGAUUGUCUAUGUUCUAUCUCUAAAAAAGAAGAUAGAAGUAUUUUGACAAGGCACCUUAUUCCUAAAUAUUUUCCCUGUAGAAACAUUCCAUAUUCUAAUGAAGAUUUUAAUUAUUAUCUUUGAAUACACGAAUAGGAAUUAAAUAGUUUAUUCUUCGAUACAAGUAAGCAAAUAAUUAAAUAUCCUUUUGCUAAUUAAAACAGCGUUGUCAUAUCUCGAAUUUAUUUUAAUAUGUAACACUAUUGAAAUAAAAACCGUAAUGUUGAAAUUGUUGAAGAAACUACACAAUAUAUCAAACAAUAUUAUUUAUGAAAGAAAUAGUACUGACUAAUAAUUAUUUUAUUUUAAACAAAAUUCUUAUCAGAAACUUGGCAAUGCUGUAAAAAGAAAAUAACAGCAUUCCAUUGAUAAUUCUGAGAUUUAUAUAUAUGUAAUCAACGUGUUUGAACAACCAUUAAAUAUAAUAAUAUAAUUUUUCUGUACCAAGCUUUAUAUUUCAAUAUUUUUCCUUACGUUUGCAUUUUUGAAUUUUGGAAAGACAUUUGUGUCUAGUAAAAAAACUAUAGAUAUUGAAUAUCUAGGUGAAAUCAUUACUCGUGUAUAACAGAAAAUCAUAUUGGCAACAGUGAUAUGGAGUGGAGAAUAAGCUUAACCAAAUGCGAAUUAAAAUUUUGAGUGAUGAUGUGGAGUUUUCAUUUUGAUCUUAGCGUGAGUUAAAAUUUAGUCGUGUCUGUCAAAAUUAACAAAUUUCACAAAAAUUUGCUUACAUUUAACUGGCAAGCUGUUGGAUUUGUUGUUAUAUCUGAUUAGGUAAAUUUGGUAUCUAAAUUUAUUUUUUGUUAUUGUGUGGUCACAGAUUACGAGUUUACUUUUAUAAGUGUCAGUCAACAUUGUAGUUGUUAUUUUCGGUUUUUUCAAUACUAACAAUGUGGUGUGCGGUAAAAACGUGUAAAAACAUAAAAAGGCUUAUGCCUUAAGGUGAGUUAUGUGAUAACUAUAUUUGCACAUACUGGUAAAUUUACACUGAUUCAAAUUAAAUUGCCAACUACACUUUGUGAAAAGCAUACAAUCUAGUUAUUAGACAUUUCUACACAGUUUUUUUGUACAAGUGUAUGUUCACUCAUUUUAUCUAUUGUUUAUUUUGAUAAUUUUGAUAGCGUUUCAAAAUAUCACAAUUUUUAUGCAAUUUCCGAACUAGAGUCUAUAGAUAAUCGUAUUUUCAAAUUUUCCGCGGUAGUUAAAACCAAAAUUGAAGCUUAUGGUAUUAGCUCAUUCGCGCAUGUUGACGUUUAUCCUCCCCUCCACAACACUGGUUGGUAAUUCUUUUAUAUCAGUCUUCAACGUUGCCAGAUUUAUUGUUUUCCCGUUUGUCAUUAUCUAUUUAUUAUUAUUUGUUUGUGAACUAUCAUAAAACGUUUUGCAGUGUUUAUUUAUUAUGUCAAAAUUAUUCUAUUUUAAAUUCAUUAUUCUUAUUUUCCAUUGAUUGAAUUAUAUAUCACAAAUAUCAUUUCAACUCGAGAUAAAUUGUGGCAACAAUGUGAAACAACAUCUGUCAAAUUACAUAUUUUGAAACUUAUUGUGGAAUACACUGAAAAAAAGUGAAUUAAAAGUAUGUCAAAUAGAAA